UCAUGGGGAUGGCAUUGGUGAUGGUUUUAAGAUGACUUUCAUGUAAAAUACUGUAUGCCAAAUUGGCGUACUCUGUCCCAAAUUACCAUAACAAUGGCCAUUACAUUUUUUAAUUUAAAUGGUGUUUGCCAUAAUGAUGUCUUGAGGACUACCAUGCCAACCAAUACCAUUUCCUCCUUAAAGCUAAAAGCGAAUCAAAUCAGAUAGUUUUGAAUGUCAACAGAAUUACUAGUCAAAUUACCGUGAGAGUGGAAUCCCACAUGUGAAUGAAAGGGAAGUGCUGAAGCAUCAAAUGUGUGCUCUAUACCCAUUAAUUUAGUUAAUCCCCCCUCUUUUCCAGCUUCUCCCAUAUCUGCAAUCUAAUUUGACAGGAUUUAAGCAAUUGGAAAUCCUCAACUUCAGGAAUGGUAGUGUUGUGGUGAACAGCAAGAUGAAAGUAGAAAAAGAUGUGCCACAUAACCUGACACAGGCCAUUCACUGUGUGCUAGAAGACUUCUGCAACACUGCAUCCAAACGACUAGACAUUGAGAUUGACAGUCGCUACCUGGACAUAGAACCUGCUGACCAAGCAGAUCCCUGCAAGUUCUUGGCCUGCAAUGAGUUCUCCCAAUGUGUGGUAAACAGUUGGACCCAGGAGGCUGAGUGUUUGUGUGACCCUGGUUACAGCACUACGGACGGUCUGCCCUGCCAGAGCAUUUGUAACUUGGAGGAAGAAUACUGCUUCAACGGGGGCCUUUGUGACAUCAUCCAGGGUCAUGGAGCCACCUGCAGAUGUCCUGUAGGGAAAUACUGGCACUAUCACGGAGUGCGCUGCAAUGAGCUGGUGUCACUGCCUGUAGAUCCAGCCAUUUUCAUAGCCUGCCUGGUGGGAAGCCUCACCUUGGUUUGUGCCAUCAUAGGCAUCUUGGUAUUCAUAAACAAGAAAUGUUUCGGGAACCGAAAGACUGUGACUUUGGUGCAUACAAUUGCUCCCUAUGCCUUUGAGAACACAUUGAGAGUGAACCCUGUUUUUGAAAAUGACGAUGGCAUCUUGACUCAAGUAUCCAGCAUAAGUACACCAGCACCCUCGAGUAGUGGUGCUGGUUCUUCUCAAACAUCAGAGCAAGAAGCUUUUCGCGCUAUUGAAAAUAUACAUCUAAGUAUUGAGAUCCCCAGACAGCUCUACACAACCAGACCCGACAAGCUAGUCUCUGAAAUGGUAGAUUUCCAUCACUGUAUACCACACAACGAGACGUGGCGACCACCAAAUGAGUACCGAACCUGUUGCCUGUCAAGGGCAUCAGAAAACGAAUGCUUUGAGGUAACUGUUCUUUGAUGGCUAAUUUCUUGGCACCAAGAUUCUUGGUUGCUUUGAACUUGAGCGGUAUACUCGAAAUAUAUCUUGUCUCUUGGAAAUUCACGUCAUGGCAGUGGACUCAUCAAUUACUGGAAUUACUGCAUACAUUACAUGGAUAAGUGUACCUGGAAUUGGAUGUUACUGGAAUUACUGCAUACAUUACAUGGAGAAGUGUACCUGGAAUUGGAUGUUACUGGAAUUACUGCAUACAUGGAGAAGUGUACCUGGAAUUGGAUGUUACUGGAAUUACUGCAUACAUGGAGAAGUGUACCUAGGAUUGGAUGCAUAUUGCAGACGGCGUGUGGAUAUUACAUGCUGGACUAGAAGGUUGUGUUAAGAUAUACCCUAUCUAUUUAUACACAAGAGUAUUUUCCUAACAUUGAGUUGCACCCACCCCUUUUUGCCAUCAGAACAGCCUCAAUUCGUCGGGGCAUGGACUCUUCAA